UCCCCAACCCGGCCCAGUGCGCAGGCGCGGGAAAGUUGAACUAAGAACAGAAAGUUUAUACAAGUUCAGUGGAGGAGGUGGCGGCGGCGGGGCCUGGGACCAGACUCAAGAGUUCACACCCCCAUCCCCCUUCUCCGAAAACUCAAGAGUCCAGGCCUCCAGCCCUUCCUCCCUUAGACCCAAGAAUCUGGAUCCCCAGCCUUCUCCUCUCCCAGGAUCAAGGUGCCCCCAUGGCAGGCUCGGAAGAGCUGGGGCUCCGAGAAGACACACUGAGGGUCCUAGCUGCCUUCCUAAGGCGAGGUGAGGCUGCGGGGUCUCCCAUUCCGACCCCACCCAGGAGCCCUGCCCGAGAGGAGCCAACAGACUUCCUGAGCCGCCUUCGAAGAUGUCUUCCCUGCUCCCUGGGGCGAGGAGCAGUUCCGCCUGAGUCCCCUCGGCCUUGCUCCCUGCCCCUCCGGCCAUGCUAUGGUUCAGAGCCUGGCCCAGCUACUCCAGAUUUCUAUGCCCUGGUGGCCCAGCGGCUGGAACAGCUGGUCCAAGAGCAACUGAAAUCCCCACCUAGCCCAGAAUUACAGGGUCACGCACCCACAGAGAAGGAAGCCCUGCUGCGAAAGCUGGUGGCCUUGCUGGAGGAAGAGGCAGAAGUCAUCAACCAGAAGCUGGCCUCAGACCCCGCCCUGCGGCGCAAGCUGGCCCGCCUCUCCGCCGGUUCCUUCAGCCGCCUAGUGGAGCUCUUCUCUAGCCGGGAGGGCAACCCUAGCCCAAGCCAAGCACGCCCCUCGCUGCCGUGCCCCGGGCCCCCACCGCCUUCCCCGGAGCCUCUGGCCCGCCUGGCCCUGGCCAUGGAGCUGAGCCGGCGCGUGGCCAGGCUGGGGGGCACCCUGGCCGGUCUCAGCGUAGAGCACGUGCACAGCUUUGCGCCCUGGAUCCAGGCCCACGGGGGCUGGGGGGGCAUCCUGGCAGUUUCACCUGUGGACUUGAACUUACCCCUGGACUGAGCUUUUCCUCAGAAGCUGCUACAAGAUUGGACCUCAUGUCCCUGCACUCUUUUUCCAAGCCUUCCUAUUCCACUCAGGGCUGUGGGGUGGUGCCCACCCUCUCUGUUUUUGCCAAAAAAGAAAGUUUAAAAUGUUUUGACAUUAAAAACUUUUUUAA